CAUGGCUCACACUACGUUCUCCCACUGCCUCUUUGCCUUCAAGAGCAUGGGGCAGGCUAAGAGGCAAGUCUGUCUGACUCUGGAGGCGCUGAAAUACUUGUACGGAUCUGUAUUUUGGAACACACCAUGGUUACACUGAUGAGCUCCAUUCCUUUACCUUGGUGAACCACCUUUCAGUGUUGUAGAUUCUACUCCCAGCAAGAAGAACAGACUAACUGAAUGCAGUCUUUCUAAUAUAGAGUUUGAAUUUAAACAUGCCAACCUAAGCUAAUUCAAGGAAGCCUGGAGAAUUUCCAAGAAGAUCUACAAGAGGAGUUUGGGUAUAUCUCUGGCAGUAAUGGGCACAGAAAACCAAACCUGUACUGAAAGUCUGAGCGUGGAGCAGAACGGUGGCCCGGCCAUCAGCGCGAUGAUGUUUGCAGCUGGAGUUCUCGGGAAUCUGGUUGCAUUGGUUCUCCUGGAGUUCCGCAGGAGGAAAGAGAAGAACCGGCAGCGACAGUCUCUGUUCCACUUGCUGGUGACAACUCUGGUCAUUACAGAUCUAAUAGGAACCUGCUUGAUCAGUCCCCUGGUGCAGACUGCAUACUUAACCAACACCACACUAGUUGGGAUGAGUGAGACACGUGCGGUGUGUGAAUAUUUCGGAUUUGCCAUGACUUUCUUCAGUCUGGCGACGCUCUCCAUCCUCCUCGCAAUGGCACUGGAGCGGUGCCUCUCCAUCGGUUACCCAUACCACUACGGGAGGCACGUCACCAAACGCUGCGGAUACAUCACCAUCCCUUGCAUUUAUCUAGUCUGCUUUUUAUUUUGCUUAAUGCCAUUUGCAGGCUUUGGGAGAUAUGUGCAAUACUGUCCCGGGACAUGGUGCUUUAUUGCCAUGAAUCCAGUUGGGAUGGAGGAUCGGGUUUAUGCCAACGUUUAUGCCACUGUGAUGCUGUUCAUUGUUACAGUUACAGUGGCAUGCAACUGUUUUGUAGUUUACCAUCUGGUGUUAAUGUACCGGAGGCGCAAAGUGAACAGAGGGUCAGUGCAGACCCGGAGUAAAAGGGACAGGAGGUACUUCUCAUGGACAGAGGAGGUGGAACAUCUCAUUCUCCUGGUCUUCAUGACAGUCAUAUUUGUCAUUUGUUCCCUGCCAUUAAUGAUCCGUGUGUACAUCAACUCCAUGGGAAAGCCACAAGGCAGCAAUAACACUGAUCUCAUAGCGCUGCGGUUCCUCUCGGUCAACUCCAUCAUCGACCCCUGGGUGUUCAUCAUCCUCAGCCCCUCGGUUCUGCGCUUCAUGUGGGGGGCGCUGUGCAAGACCGGCUUCAUGCCCACCAGAAACUCCCUGUUCAAAACAUCCAUUUCCAAAAACCCAGCCGGCCAAAUCGAGCUGUACCAACCCACUUCCACCUCUGUGGAGACCACACACCUCAACAAGUCAACCGUUCAGAUGUUAAGACCUGAUGUGGACAGUAUUUAUGGACUAGACAGAUACAUCUAAAAAUCAAUAUGCUUUGGAAGGUUCUUUGAUAGCAUUCCCUAUCUAUCUAUCUAUCUAUCUAUCUAUCUAUCUAUCUAUCUAUCUAUCUAUCUAUCUAUCUAUCUAUCUAUCUAUCUAUCUAUCUAUCUAUCUAUCUAUCUAUCUAUCUAUCUAUCUAUCUAUCUGUCUGUCUGUCUGUCUGUCUGUCUUAAAACAUCUGAAGUGAUUUGUCUGCCAUAAGUAAUCCGUCAUAUUUGUUUGUUGAUCUAAAGAUGGAUUUAGAAACCCCCUUAGGUCGUUUAACUGAGUUAGAUAAAGCCAACUGCGAGGUCAAAGGGAUAAGUUCUGUUCCCUAAACUACAACAUUAAUUGUUUUGAGACCGAGGGCCCUGUCAACUGCGAUUGCCAAGAACUUGAAAAAUGUUCAAGGCAUGUUGAGUGGGCGUUCAGUCAAGGAGCAUAGUCCAGUUCGGAAGAUGAUAUUCUGUGUUUGGAGUGUCUGAAGACAGAGGAACCGUUCUGAAGCUACUGUUCCACAGUCAUUGCUCAUCCAGGUUUCUUUUUAAAGGCGGUUGUGCUUGCAAACAGGUCAAAUGGCGUGUCCACACAGUAUGUCACUUUGGACACUUUGUUGGUUUCCUGCAUUUCUAGUCAAACAGUUCUUCAAAUGUUACAAAUGAAAGCUGUCUGCUUGUAUUUAUAUUAUCAACAUAUUUAUUGUGCUUUAAUUUAUGUUGAUACAACAGUAAGUCAAUGCCAUAUAUGUGUCUUCAUAUGUAUGCCGACUAACAUGAUUCAGUGGUAAUCAGUCAUUUCUUUCAUGUGAGAGAUUCCGAUUGUACAUAAUUGUACAUAAUUAGUAUAAGCAUAUAAGCAUGACGACAUGCGUGGUGCCGUUUAGUAGUUACAGACCUAUUCUUUGUGUCAAGUUACUUGUUUUUCUGUGCCUUAGAGGUUCUUGAAUGUAGUUGUGAAAUAAUGUGACUCAUUUUUACUUGUGCUGUCUAUGCAUGUAAUUUAUGUUUAAGUGUCAUGAAAUGAUCUGUUAAAUGUAACAUUCUAAUCACAUCGUAUCUGUCCUGAUGCACUGCGAGAAGGAUCAGAAUCUGAAGUAGGAUUGUGUGUGAUUUUAAAUUCUAAUUCAGUUCUUGAAUUUGAAUGAAGAAAGCUAACAGAACGCAGAUUGCGUUUAGGAGUUGAAUUUAAGGAAGUAGAAUUAAAAUGAAUACAAAAAAGCAUUCCCAUGACUGAAUAUUUUUAACUAGAAAAGCUAUAUUUUUAACUAAAAAACUCUGAGAAUUUACUUGACAGGUUUGAAAAAUAUAUAUAUUCCAAUUUAUGAACUCAAAGGGAGCCAAAUCUGCAAUUCUGAAUUUUGCCCGGACUUAUGUGUCUUUAUAUAGAAAGAAAUAAAGAAUACAUACACUCCCUGAGGCUAUAAAUAAAUAAAUAUGCAAACACUCAAA